AUGAAUCCUACACAGUGUACAGAUUGUUCUUACACACAUUUUACACCUUACGAUUGCCAGUUAUUGCCACAAUCAAAUAAAAGUUUUAAAUUUCCAUGUGUUGUAAAGAAUAUUAAUGGUUGCACAGUCUUCAAGGAGUAUGUACCACCUAAAAAUCUCCAGUUGAACACAGUCAGUCUUGUAUCUAUAAAUGUAUACAAUAUCACCUACUCUGACAGCGUCUAUUAUGGUGAAACAUAUCCAGCCUUGAACUACACAAUUUCUCUCCCAAAUGGUGAUAUGCUUGGGUACUGCUACGCUGUACGUGUUAACAUAUGGAAUAAUGAAACUAACAGUGGAUAUGGAGGAGAUGGCAUUUGCAGACUCUUUUCUUUCAACAUCGAAAAACCGAGUAAAAAAAACAUCCAACCAGCUUUUAUCAACCACAAAUGCUUCACAGCUGUAACUGCUAACAAUUACUUUCUGAAAUUUACAACUUUGCCAUAUGCUGCAGAGAUAACAUACAGCGUCAUUAUUAACAAAUCCAACCAGAUCAUUCUUGCAGUUGCUCCUGUGCAUCACCGACUUUCAAUAAGCAUUAUUUUAGGAUUUCCAGUGACUAAUAAAUGUAACAAUCUAUUCUAUUUGACAAGUUAUAAGACAGCCACAGAAAAUGUUUCAUUCUCAACAAAUAACAGUUUUGUGUUUGAAAAUCUACAACCAGGAUUCUUCAGAGUCAGAGUUAAAUCAAGCUGCUUGCCAAUUGGCCAAAAUAUGGAAUCAGAAAUCAUCUUACUUAAAAAUAUUGCAGAAUCCGAAACUCUAUUCAAUACAAAGAUUAUCUGGGUCGUCCUGCCUUUGCUUGUCUCUCUUAUCUUUCUCAUUUGUUUUUGUCGCCUGUGGAAACGGAAAUGUAUUGAUCGAUCGCACAAAUGCGUGAUUGAUUUGGUGUAUGCCGCCAACAACAAAAGAGAUGUGAUUGUUGCAGAAAAUCUGAAAAAAUUGAUGGAAGAAGAGUUUGAAUGGUAUGUCAAUAAUGUUCCAAUGGCUAACACGCCAAUUUGCUCAUGUGAGUUGCCUAACAAUGAUGUUGUACUUUACCUCACAGCUUCUGAUAUGCAAGGAAGAAGCCACCAAAAGCAACAGUGA